UUAAUAAUUGUAUAAAAUAUAAUAAAAAAUUAAUAUUGCACUAUAAAUUAUUCAGUUGAAAAUAUAUUAUUAGGAAAGAAUUAAUAAAUACAAACGUCACAAAGCCAGCGAAAGUGUGUAACACCAUAAAAGUGAGAAUAAACGGAUUUAGGAAAAAAUUGAAAAAGUAAGAAAAGAGUUGGCGGAAGAAUAAAAAUCAAAAAGAAUAAAUAAGUGUUUGUGUUAAAAAUUAUAAAAAAAAUAGUUAAAAAGUGCUUGAUUUUUAAGAUAAUUUUGUAUAUUAAAUAAAUCAAAUAAGAAAAAACAAAAGUUAUACAAUGUCAGUUGUUAAUAAAUUCACGAAAGGCUUAUCAGCAGACGAGAAAGCUGAAAUACAAGAGAAAUUCAUAGAGAUUGAUGCCAACAAAGAUGGUUUCAUUGACCUUAGUGAACUUAAAGAAGCUCUUGAUCAGGUUGGCUUCAAAUUGCCCGGCUAUCAGGUUCGUGAGAUGAUCGACGAAUUCCAAAACAAACAACGCACCUCCCACCAGGGCAAAUUGAAUUUGGAAGAAUUUGAGAAUCUUUGCUUGGAUCUGAAGUCAAAAGAUGUGGCCAGUACCUUCAAAACAGUGGUGUCUAAAAAAGAAAAUCUCGAAACGUUGGGCGGUAUGUCUAGUAUCUCCUCGGAGGGUACCACACAUUCCGUGCGCCUCGAAGAACAAUUGGCCUUUUCAGAUUGGAUCAAUUCCAAUUUGGGCCAUGAUCAAGAUUUGAAACACUUAUUGCCCAUCGAUAAUGAAGGCAAACGUUUGUAUCAAUCUAUUAAAGAUGGUAUUUUGUUGUGUAAAAUCAUCAAUCAUUCCUGCCCUGAUACAAUUGACGAGAGAGCCAUCAAUAAAAAGAACCUCACGGUAUACCGUGAAUUUGAAAAUUUGACUUUGGCUUUGGUCUCAUCACAAGCUAUUGGCUGCAAUAUUGUUAAUAUUGAUGCUCACGAUUUAGCCAAGGGCAAGCCACAUUUGGUAUUGGGUUUGUUGUGGCAAAUCAUUCGAAUUGGUCUCUUCAGUCACAUCACAUUGGAUAGUUGUCCCGGUUUGGCUGGACUUUUGUUCGAUGAUGAACGUCUUGAGGAUUUGAUGAAAUUGUCGCCAGAGGCCAUAUUGUUGCGUUGGGUUAAUCAUCAUUUGGAACGUGCUGGUAUUCAACGUCGUUGCACCAAUUUCCAAUCCGAUAUCGUGGACUCUGAAAUCUAUUCACAUUUGUUGAAACAAAUUGCUGGCAAUGAUGCUGAUGUUAAUUUGGAUGCAUUACGCGAGUCCGAUUUAACAUCUAGAGCCGAAAUUAUGUUGCAACAAGCUGCCAAAUUGAACUGUCGCAGCUUCUUGACACCACAGGACGUAGUCAAUGGAGUCUACAAGUUAAAUUUGGCCUUCGUUGCUAAUCUAUUCAACAAUCAUCCUGGCUUGGAUAAACCAGAACAAGUAGAAGGUCUAGAGGCCAUUGAGGAGACACGUGAAGAGAAAACUUAUCGUAACUGGAUGAAUUCAAUGGGUGUUAGCCCCCAUGUAAACUGGUUGUAUUCUGAUUUAGCCGAUGGUUUGGUUAUUUUCCAAUUGUUCGAUAUCAUUAGACCCGGCAUUGUUAGCUGGAAUCGUGUACACAAACGUUUCACACCCUUGCGUAAAUUCAUGGAAAAAUUGGAAAACUGCAAUUAUGCUGUAGAGUUGGGUAAACAAUUGAAGUUCUCUUUAGUUGGUAUCGCUGGUCAAGAUUUAAAUGAUGGCAAUGCUACUUUAACUCUGGCUUUAAUUUGGCAAUUGAUGCGCGCCUAUACAUUGUCCAUUCUUUCACGUUUGGCCAAUUCUGGAAAUCCAAUUGUGGAAAAGGAAAUUGUACAAUGGGUUAACAAUAAAUUAUCCGAAGCCGGCAAACAAUCAACAUUGAAGAAUUUCAAUGAUCAUGCUAUUGCCGAUGCUAAAAUUGUUAUUGAUUUAGUUGAUGCUCUUAAGGCUGGCAGCAUAAAUUAUGAAUUAGUGAGAACAAGUGGCACAGAAGAGGACAAUUUGGCAAAUGCUAAAUAUGCCAUAUCCAUGGCACGUAAGAUUGGUGCACGUGUGUAUGCUUUACCCGAGGAUAUAACAGAGGUGAAACCUAAGAUGGUUAUGACUGUAUUCGCCUGUAUGAUGGCCUUGGAUUAUAUACCCAAUAUGGAUAGUGUGGAAAAUCAAAAUAAUAUUAACAACAGCAACUAAUAUGCCAAAUAAAAACAAUAACAACGACAAAUAAUCUUAAUAACUACCACCACUACAAAAAAGAAAAAAAGAGAUAAACGGUCAUAAAAAAUGAUUGAAUGGAAAUGAAUUGAUAAGCGAUAAAAGUAAAGAAGUCCCCCAAAAAAAUGCCACGGAAUGAAGCAAUACUGAGUGUUUAUUCUUUUUUUUUAAUAAUACAAAAAUAAAAAAUGGUUUAUUUGCUUUCAAAUAAAUAUAUAUAACAAACAACGCCAAUUAAGUAAUUAUGUAUUUAUAUAAUUUUUAUUUUUUUAGAAGCUUGUAAUUUAUACAAAUUUAUAUGAUGUUAAAUUAAAGCUUUAAGGUGAUAAUUUAACGUUUAUUUUGUAAUCAUGUUUUUUUAAUUGACUUGAUUUUUUUAAUUUAAUUUUUUUUAUUAUAUUUUAAAGUAACUAUUUUGUUGAAUUUAAAAUUUGUAUGGUUUUUAUGUAGAAACACAAACAAAAAAUAAUAAAAAAACAAACCUUAUUUUAUAAAUAAAGGUUAAGCUUAUGGAAAAUAAAAUAAAACAAAACAAACAUUAAAUUGUAUCAUGUACUAUAUAAUUAUGAAUGAUGAAAAACAAAGUAUAAAGUUAACUGCAUUUACAUAAAAUGAAAAUAUAAAAAUAAUAUAUAUUUUUAAUAUAAAAACAUUUUACUUACAUACAUACAUAUACAUAAUUAAAAUAAACAAAACAAAAUUCAAAUUGGCAUACUUACAUAUUUAUAAUAGGGUAUGAUUGAAUAUGGGAACAGUUCCUUCUCCACUUUAAAGAGUUUUGCAAAACAAUGAGUGAGUUAUUGUACUAGAAAGACAAGCACAGAGGAAGAGAAAAGGGAGAAAAAGGAAAUUUUUAGCACAAAACAUUAACAAUUCAAUUUUUGUAGUAUUUUUACGCACAUUACUUGUUAAUCAAACACUAUUCUUAACAAAAUUUUCCGUUUUAGUAUUAUAAAGUUCAUUUUGUUUAACCAAGAAAACAUUGAGUUGCCAUCAAGGAAAGAUUAUGAAUUAUUUAUUAUAAUGUGUUUUAAAAUAUUGAAAAAUAAAUUAAAAUUGUAUGCUAGUUUAAGAGUUGUUAGUUAGCAACUUUUUAUAAUAAAGUUGCUAACCAAUAAGCACCAAAGGUCCAAAAAUUCAAGCACUUGAACAUUUUGUUGGAAUUUGACUUGAAUGCAAAUGUAAUUAUGUUUUAUACUUGAAAAAAUUAAAUAUUUUUUUUACUGGAGAAUGCUAAUUAAAUUGUAAUACAACUGUAAUUCAAUUGGUUGACUAUAAUUCAAGGCUUGAAUUACACUUGCUUUCAACUUGAAUUCCAGUAAAAAUGCUUAUUGGGUAGUAAAAAUAGUAAAGACUUGCACAUCCAUAUUAUCCCCCCAGUCACAGAGUAAAACGAAAUUUUGUUUCGGAAUGAAAUCGCUUUCAGUUUUAUAAGUGAAAUUGAUGUUUGUAAUUGUUUGUAAAUAAAUGAAAUAAAUUAAAUUAUUUGAUUUUCUAAAACUUUUAAUGAAUUUCUUUACUAUAAAAUUGAAUUUUGUUUUAAUAUACAAAACGUUGUUAAAUUAAAAGCGCAAAAAGAGAAUUAUUAAAACAUUUGGAAAUUAAUAGAAUCAAAUGGAAUCUGAAGAAGCUAAAAAAUAUAUCGGAAUAAUAACUACGGAAUGUGUGACUGUCAUAUUUACCCACCCUAUUUAAUUAAUAAUAGGGUGGGUAAUCAAAUGUAUAAUAUUUACUUGUUAUAUACAGUUAGACAUUGGAGAAACAUUUUAGGACACCAACAAAUGCACAUACUUCUACAUUAAAAACACACACAUUAAAGUUCUUAGAAAGUUGUCGCACCAAAUAAAUAAUGUUUAAAAAACAAAGUGUAUGUUCGUUUGUAUUUACUUUACUAUUUUAAAAAAAGUAGCUAUAUAGUAUUCUUUUAAAACACAAUAUUUUGCAUUAAAAUUCUUUAAAAUCCUCAAAGUUUUCUUGGUUACAUAGUUAUGAAUAAUUUCUAUCACAAAUAUCUAUUGCAGCCUUCAUUUUGGUAUAGUUUUCAUUCAAAUCUUAAUACUUUUAGAUGCCAUAGUGCCAUUGAAAUUUAUUUUUGUAUACGGAAUAAUAGCGAAACCUAAAAAUGCAAGCGUUUAAAAGAAAUACGCAAAAAAUGUAAUGUGCAAUAAUAAUUAAACAAAAGAAAAUUAAUA